AUGGAGUACGCGCUCUGCUCCCCCGCCGGCUCGCCCGGCCCGUCGUCCCUACCCCCCGCGGCGGGCGGCACGCCGGAGGACGUGGCGCUGCUCCAUCUCCCUCCGCCGCCACCUCUGGGAUCAUCGCGCCUCGCCGACCGCCUCGAUGCCCUCGCGCCGCGGACGAGGAGGUGCUACAGGACGAGGAGGAGGAGCGCUAGCCCCGGAGCGGGUGGCCGGGCCCGUGCAACUCCGCCGCGGGAGCCGCAGGACGCGCCGCCGCUCCCUCUCCCUCCGCCUCCCCCGCUGGGAUCGUCGCGCCCCGAGCUGGCCGUGGUCCAACUCGAGGGCGACGGCGCCCCGCCUGCCGCCGCUGCCGGGUACAUGAGGAAGAGCGCCAGCCCCGGAGCGGGUGCGGGAGGAGGAGGCCAGCGCCGGCGGCGCCGGCGCUCCCCGACCCGGAGGUCGUCACCGUCGCCCAAGCGGUCGCGCCGCGGGAGGUGA